CUUUGGAACUACUAGUCAACUAGGAUCAGAUGAUGCAUUCAAAAGUACAUUCCUCUGAAUCGAAGUCCACGUAUGAGUAUGGCAUUGUGAUUUGUGAGUACUGACUUGUUUCCGAAUUCUUAUCUUUUUUAGAGCAUCCGUUUCUGAAUUCUGGCUAAAGUGCAGUGUGCACGACUGCACGGGUGAACUAUUCAAACGCGCGAUCAAAUGUCGCCGACCCAAGCCGCGACGCCUCUGGCCAUCCUCUCCCGCUUCCUCUCGUCGCCGCCGUCCCCCUCGCCGGUGCUCGAGUUACUUCGCGUCCACGCGCUCGCCGUUACCUCGGGCCUCUACCAACGCCCCGACCUCGCAGCAAAGCUCGUCUCCGCCUACUCCUCCGCGGGGCGCCCCGGGCUCGCGGCGCUCGCCUUCUCGGCUUCCCCCCGUCCCGAUGCAUUCCUCUGGAACUCCCUCAUCCGCACCCACCACUGCGCAUCCGACUUCGUGGCCGCGCUUUCUGCCCACCGCCGCAUGCUCGCCUCUGGCGCGCGGCCUUCCCCCUUCACCGCGCCGCUCGCUGCCUCCGCCUCCGCAGAGCUCGGCGCGCUCGGCGUCGGCGCCGCCGUGCACGCGUACUGCGUCAGGUACGGCCUCCUCGUCGGCGAUGGAGACUCCGUCGCCGUCGCAUCCUCUCUGGUGUACAUGUACGCUAGGUGCGGCAACGUCAGAGACGCUGUGAAGGUGUUCGAGGAAAUGCCCGAGAGGGACGUGGUCGCGUGGACCGCGGUGAUAUCAGGGUGCGUGCGGAACGGGGAGAGUGGGGAGGGGUUGCGCUAUCUGGUGGAGAUGGUCAGGCUUGCAGGCGAUGGCAGUGUCAGGCCAAACUCACGGACGAUGGAGAGUGGCUUGGAGGCAUGCGGGGUGCUAGAUGAGCUGAAUUCUGGUAGAUGCCUGCACGGCUAUGUAGUGAAAGUCGGGAUUGGAGAUUCCCCCAUGGUAAUUUCUGCCCUCUUCUCUAUGUACUCGAAGUGUUACAGCACUGAGGAUGCAUGCGCUUUAUUCCUGGAGUUGCCAGAGAAAGAUGUGGUUUCCUGGACAAGUUUGAUUGGAAUAUACUGUCGGAGAGGGCUUAUUACGGAGGCUAUGGAGUUGUUCCAGCAGAUGAUGGAGUCAGGUCUCCAGCCAGAUGAGAUUCUCGUUAGUUGUGUGCUUUCAGGGUUGGGUAACAAUGGCAAUGUACACGGAGGGAAGACAUUUCAUGCAGUUAUAACGAAGAGAAACUUUGGAGAUAGUGUUUUGAUUGGAAAUGCUUUGAUAUCAAUGUAUGGAAAAUUUGAGAUGGUGGACAGUGCAGGCAGAGUUUUUAGAUUGUUGCAUCAAAGAGAUGCGGACUCAUGGAACUUGAUGGUUGUAGGAUAUUGCAAAGCUGGAUGUGAUGUCAAAUGCUUGGAGCUGUAUCGUGAGAUGCAGUUGAGAGAUAAGUAUGAAUUUUGGUGUGUUGCCGACAGCUUGGUUUCUGCAAUCUCUUCUUGCUCACGGCUAGCAGAACUAAGACUAGGUCGAUCAGCACACUGUUAUUCAAUCAAGCACUUGCUUGAUGAGGAUUCAUCAGUUGCAAAUGUUUUAAUUGGCAUGUAUGGGAGGUGCGGAAAAUUUGAUCAUGCAUGCAAAAUAUUUGGCCUGGCCAAACUGAAGGGUGAUGUUGUCACAUGGAAUACACUGAUAUCUAGCUAUGCCCAUCUGGGACAUUCAAAUGCUGCGAUGUCACUUUAUGAUCAAAUGCUUAUUGAAGGCUUGACACCCAACUCAACAACCUUGAUUACUGUCAUUUCAGCCUGUGCAAACUUGGUUGCAUUGGAACGUGGAGAGAAGAUACAUUCUUACGUGAAAGAAAUGGGGUGGGACUAUGAUGUAUCAAUCAACACAGCACUUAUUGACAUGUAUGCUAAAUGUGGGCAGCUUGGAAUUGCAAGAAGGAUUUUUGAUUCUAUGCUUCAACAUGAUGUUGUUGCAUGGAAUGUUAUGAUAUCAGGGUAUGGGAUGCAUGGGGAAGCAAAACAAGCAUUAGAAUUAUUUGGUAAGAUGGAAGGAGGAAGUAUUAAGCCUAAUGGUGUAACCUUUCUUGCUAUUCUAUCUGCUUUAUGCCAUUCAGGGCUUCUUGAGGAGGGCAGGAAGGUGUUCACAAGAAUGGGAAAAUACUCACUUGAGCCUAACCUGAAGCAUUAUGCUUGCAUGGUGGAUCUCCUAGGGAAAUCUGGGCAUCUCCAAGAAGCAGAAGAUAUGGUUUUAGCCAUGCCAAUAGAACCUGAUGGCGGGAUAUGGGGAACUUUGCUUAGUGCCUGCAAAUUGCAUGACAACUUUGAGAUGGGUUUAAGGAUUGCAAAAAAGGCAUUUGCUUCUGACCCAGAAAAUGAGGGAUAUUACAUUUUAAUAUCUAAUUCUUAUGGUGGUGCUAAAAAAUGGGAUGAGAUAGAGAAACUAAGAGAAACGAUGAAGAAUCUUGGAGUUCAAAAAGGUGUAGGCUGGAGUGCAGUUGAUUAUGGCGUGUGACUUCAAUUUCAGUUAUGCUCUUUCAAUAUACUUAUAUUUUUUGCAAAACAGAUAGUGAUCUUGUAGACAGAAGUACAAAUUUGCUGAUGGAUGAAACUAUUUGUUUGUUAGCGCGAAUCUUAGGUAACUGCUUGGAAGAUUUGGGCAAAUGGAUGAUUUGAAUGCCAUGAAGUAAGAUUGUCCGGAUUUGGGGCCAAAUGGCUAACUGCCUCGGAAGUAAUAUAUGUGAAUGAUUACAUCGUAGAAGUUAUAAGGCCAUAAAUCAGGUGACCGUGCCGUUUGGAGAACACACAAACUGCUAAUUUAAAUAGAAGUGGAAAUUGCUCGGUUAUAGACUUGAAGUUGUGAUCAUGCACAUAAUAGAACUGUGCACCAGGCUGGCUAUAGAUGAAGGCUGAAUCGAAGCAGCACCACUGGUCUAUUGGCCAUGAUCAUAGUGUCAGUGUCAAUAUUGCAGUUUUCUGUAAGAACUGAUGGCUACAUUUUUGCCAUGAUUGUGGUGCCAGUAUCACUAUUGCGGUCUUCAAGAAGUAUGGAGCUAGUAUUAUGUUGCUACAGUUGACUUUUGUCAAUUGCAAAAGAAUGAUACAUAUCUGAAAUUGUGUACCCGACUGCUUAUGAGAAGGCUAUUUAACUAUAAGUUAUGGGCAGAUUAAACAUGGUGCUGUGGUGGAGUGAACACUUGUCCAGGUUCAGUUGCAAAUUCUAUUCACCCCGCUACUUUUCUCGUGUGAUGCAUUGGUUGUUAUGGCAUCCAGUCUACCCUCUACUCUUCUCCUCGUGAUACAUUGUUUGGCGUGGCUGCCAUUUCUUUUAACUGCUAAUUCGAGUAUUGCCCUUUGAAUGAUCAGGGAAAUGUACUUUGCAGAGUGCUUGUGAGUCAUGACAAAACACAAAGGAGCGCAUGUAAAUGCUAGGCGACAUAAAUGAAGUCAGAACCCACUUCAGUAUCACAAAUUCACAAUCAUCUCUGAAUUCUUAAGCAUCCGUCCACGCGUUCCUGCAUUCCUGUGCAUCAUUCAUGAUUGCUUUUGUAGCUGCUGGUUUGGUUCUUCACCACUUGAUUCUGUUGCAUCAAUUUAAUGGGCGAUGAUCAAAAGGGACAUCUUAAUGGGUGAUACUCGCCUCUUUCUCCUGUCUGGCUGUCUUGAUGUAGGAGCACAGAAACUUCCUGCAGAGGCAGAGCUAGCAGCGGCGCUGGUACCGACGGGAGCAAACGUCGGCAGAGUAGUGAUCCUGGUCGACGAGGGUGAGGAGUGAGAUGAAGUCAUGAACGCUCACCACUCGGCUAGCCGUGGCAACACAAGCUGAAAAUCUCUGACCAACCUGUCGUUUUUAGGCUAAUUUGGAAACUCCAUUUUCCCGAGGGAUUCUUAUUUUCCCAAGGGAAAAUAAAAAUCCCUUGGAAAAAUGUGGUUCUCAAAUUAGUCCUAACUGUCUGUUCAAGACGAAUGGCUGGCAUGAAAAAAAUAUAUAUGCAAGCUGACACCUUGUAAUGACUUUUCUUGUAAUUUCAGAUAUUUAUUCAUAUAGUAUAUAUUCACGACUAGCAAACUUGUA